AUGGUCCAGAAACGGGCCUGCGAUGACUGUCACAGGAGAAAGAUCCAAUGCGAUUCAACAAGUCCGAAGACACCAUGCAACUGGUGUGAGCAUCAUGGCCUAGAUUGUACAUUUAACCGAGUGAGGGGCCGUAAACGGCCACCCAAGCCCAAAUCUAAGCAAACAUCGGAACAUAGUCUCGCAGAACGAUUGAGGCGUAUUGAAGAUGCGCUCUCCCAGACACUAUCCCGUCAAAACGAAGCUGAAAGUAGUACAGGCAAGCCAUUGACUCUAAGUUCAGUAGCCACAGGACCUCGUAGAAGCUCAGACGUUUCUCUCAGAGAACCUACAAAGGAACCUCCACAAGAGUCCAACAGGCCUUCAGCUUCUUUCUUCAGAGAGUCAACUGCCAGUUUUAACUCACCAUUAUUAUCCCACGAAUCACCACCUAUACCCCAAAUCCCAUCCCCCGCUGGUGGCUUUACCAGUGCGGUCUCGUACGGGCAGAUUCACUAUGGUGGCUGUCACUUUGGCCAUCUCAGCCAGCACGAUGGAAUGCCGCUGCUAACAGAAGAGGGGAUGAAAUGGAUCAGCUCAAAGACUGAAGCAGAGGUUAUGUUCGAGCCAGGCUCUCGUCACUUCUCGAAUCCUGCUCCGUCCCCUGCAUAUCACGAUUACAACAACCCGGCCGACCUACACGAGCUUCCUGACAGGAGCAUCGCUGAGAAGAUAUUUGAUGUCUUUUUUCACUCUUCAUUCAGCUUGGUCUUCCCCCUAGUCGACCGAAUUCUGUUCAAGGAUACAAUAGACUUGGCAUAUCAGCCACAUGGUGGUGAAUCACCCUCACUCGAGCAGGUCAGCGCCAAAGUAUGCGUUCUUGCUUUUGCUUCCAUAAUCAAACUGUUUCAAGGGCCUUUAGCCGAGAUGCCAUACGUAGAUACCGAUUUAUGCGCAACAAAGGCACGAUAUCUACUUACAAACGUUCUGGAAGGGGCUAGCAUCGCCAACCUUCAAGCCACGUUUAUGCUGAACAUGCAUGAGAUAUUCUCCGGACGACUUCGAUCCGCUGCCAUGUUUCAUGCUAUCGCUUGUCGAAUGGUCUUUACACUUGGUGGCCAUACACAUAUCUGUCUCAAACCGUAUAAAUCACCGAUAACCCGUCCCGAACGCGAACGUCGUCAACUGCGAAUGCUUUUCUGGCUGUGCUAUAUCUUCGAUAAGGAUAUUGCUCUACGGACCGGUCAGCCUCCUUUUAUGUCCGACGACUAUUGCGAUUUUACCCUCCCGCACAACUAUUUAGAUUGCUAUUCCUAUCUCCCUAAACUAGACCAUGGACUCCUUCACACACCUAUUGGUGAUGAGGACCUCACACCUCACCUCCCGGGAGACCCUCGCUUGAGCCACAUCAAAGAUAGAACCAGCCGUCUGCUCUACUCGACCCAGGCAGCCAAAAAAACACAUGCUCAGCUACUCCGCGAUAUUAGAGAACUCGAUGAAGAGCUAGAAGAUUGGAGGCAAUCAAUCCCUCCUGACUUCCGGCCUGCACUUUCAAUAUCGGAUGAGUCUCAGGUGACUAUGGUAGGGAUGCGCCAAAUUACUCUACAUCUGGAGUAUCACCACAUCAUGACUACAAUCCAUCGUGCCAGUGGAAGGUGCAUGGAGCCAGAGUCGGAGAACUCCCCUGAUAAAGGAGAAUGGGUGGCGGGUGUUGAGUCGAGCAUCGCUCUGGCCUUGGAGGCUAGUCGUUCGACACUCGUUUAUUUGCGAGCAGUUAUGUGCGGACUUGCUGGGGAGGCCUUCUGGAUUAUUGUAUUUUACCCCACGGCUGCCAUGAUCACCUUGUUCUUCAACAUCCUCAUGCAUCCCCUCCACGAGCGAGCAGAACAAGAUCUUGAGCUUCUCAAAACAGCCGCUGAUCUUGUCAACAACCUUCCUGUUCGUCGUCUGACGCCCCACGAGGUCUCAUACAUAGAGCUCGUUAAUGACUUUGUUGUUGAGCUGGUUCGACUCGGAAGGAGUGCGAUCUGCAAAGCGACCAGGGAGCAGGAUGAAAGACUUGACAUGCAGAUGAUGAGCAUUCACUAGGAACGUAGUCGUGUAAUGUUUGUUCCCGACUUUUUUUACUUGACAGGCUCGGGGCGUGCGGGGAAGGGAUCCCGUUGUGGAUUAUCGAGACGGCUGUUUAAUGGCUUAGAAAGGGGCCGCGGGGAGGUGAGAUGCUCGAUGUAUACCAUCCGCCACCACUUAAAGAAUCACCCCACUUAAAGCAUAGCACAAAAAAGCAUCGCCCCAUACAAAAUCCAAUAUUUGAUGCACGCAGAAACCAACCACCUUGUCCAUUAAAAAUG